UGUGAAAUUUAUUUACAGUCAUACAUAUUUCUCUUUAUAUACUGAUGAUCUCUCAAAGCUGAUGUAUAACACAAUAUAUAUUUCCCAAUAGCAAAAUGAGGAUUUGUACGAUGUUUCUUCUCUGCUUUGCUACCCAAGUGAUGGUUUAUUACAUGAACUCAACAACAACAACAUAUGCACUCUCCUUAAGCUCACAGACGGAUAAGCUUGCUUUGCUAGCUUUGAAGGAAAAAAUUACAAAUGGUGUGCCUGAUUCUCUACCAUCAUGGAAUCACUCUUUGCAUUUCUGUGAUUGGGAGGGUGUCACAUGUGGGCGCCGUCACAUGAGAGUAUCUGUCUUGCAUUUGGAGAAUCAAACUUGGGGUGGUACUCUUGGUCCAUCCUUAGGAAAUCUCACAUUUCUCAGAAUACUCAAACUUCAAAACCUCGCUUUGCAUGGUGAAAUUCCAGCUUUGAUUGGUCGUUUGAAGCGAUUGCAACUUCUUAGCUUAGGAAAUAACAAACUUCAAGGAGAGAUUCCUAAAGAGCUUACUAACUGCACAAAUAUCAAAGUAUUGGAGUUGCUGGAAAAUCGGUUCACAGGAAGAGUUCCCACGUGGUUUGGAUCAAUGAAGCAACUUACUACCUUGAUUUUUGAGAACAACAAUCUAGUUGGUACAAUUCCAUCUUCCCUACAAAAUGUUUCAUCACUCCAAUAUCUAUCUCUUUUAGAAAAUCAUUUGGAAGGAACCAUACCUUAUUCUUUAGGUAAGUUGUCAAGUUUGAAAUAUCUGUCUUUAGCUUUAAAUAGUAAUUUGUCAGGUGAAAUCCCUCCUUCCCUUUACAACCUAUCAAAUAUUCAAUGUUUUGAUCUUGGAGUAAAUGAGUUAUAUGGUAGUUUUCCAUCAAAUUUAGGUCAUAUUUUUCCCUAUCUUGUAGAGUUCUAUGUAGGAGACAACUAUAUAACCGGGAAUUUUCCCACUUCAAUAUCAAACCUCACUGAUUUGCAAAUAUUUGAUAUAGGGGGGAAUUCUUUUAAUGGGUCAGUACCUCUUACUUUGGGUCGAUUAAAUAAACUUGAAUAUUUAAAUAUCGAGAGUAAUAAUUUUGGAAGUGGAAGGACUAAAGAUUUGGACUUUCUUUCUUCAUUAUCCAACUGUACUGAACUGUCAACAUUCUCUUUUCAUAGUAAUAAUUUUGGUGGUGAAUUGCCGAGUCUUAUAGGAAACUUUUCCACCCAUCUUGCUUGGCUAAGGAUGGAGUUUAAUCAAAUAUCUGGAGUGAUACCUAAGAGAAUUGGACAACUUACCGGGUUAACUUACUUAAGCCUUGGAAAUAAUUUGUUUGAGGGAAUAAUUCCAGAUUCAAUUGGAAAUCUUACAAAUCUAAUAAGAUUGGACUUGCAAGAUAACAAAUUAUCUGGCAAUAUUCCUACGAGUAUUGGCAAUCUUACUGUCUUGUCUGAGUUAUAUCUAGCUCAAAACAAAUUAGAAGGACAAAUUCCAUUAACCCUUAGAUAUUGCACCCAAUUGCAGAUAUUAAAUAUCUGUGAUAACAAACUGAGUGGGGAUAUACCCAAUCAGAUAUUUGGCUAUCUAAAGAAUUUAAUAUUCUUAUACUUAUGCUCCAACUCAUUGACUGGUCCCAUUCCUUUAGAGUUUGGUAACUUGGAUCAUCUUUCACUAUUGGAUCUACACUCAAAUAAGUUCACCGGUGAAAUUCCCAAGGAUCUCACUUCUUGUAUGUCAUUAACAAAUCUCUUUCUAGGGGGAAACUUUUUCCAUGGAGAAAUACCUUCGUUCUUGGGAUCUUUAAAGUCCUUAGAAUUCAUUGACAUUUCUCACAACAAAUUCUCAAGCACAAUCCCUUUUGAACUAGAAAAUCUGAAAUUUUUGAUUAUGUUGAACUUGUCUUUCAACAAUCUUUAUGGUGAAGUUCCCAAAAGAGGUGUCUUUAGCAAUGUAUCAGCAAUUUCAUUAAUUGGAAAUAAGAACCUUUGUGGUGGGAUAUCUCAAUUGAAGCUUCCACCAUGUUUGAAAGUACCUUCCAAGAAACACAAAAGAUCUAUAAAAGAGAAACUUAUCAUCAUCAGUGUAAUUGGUGGGAUUUUGAUCUCUUUCAUAGCUUUUAUAACUGUCCAUUUUCUCACGAGAAAGUCCAAAAAGUUACCUUCUUCACCAUCUCUUCAAAAUAGGGCACUAAGAGUUACUUACGGAGAGUUACACGAAGCAACCAAUGGAUUUUCUUCAGCCAAUUUGGUAGGGACAGGAAGUUUUGGAUCUGUUUACAAAGGAUCUCUUCUCAACUUUGGAAGACCUAUUGCUGUAAAGGUGUUGAAUCUUGAAACACGCGGGGCAGCAAAGAGUUUCGUGGCAGAAUGCAAUGCUCUAGGAAAGAUGAAACACCGGAAUCUUGUGAAGAUCCUAACUUGUUGUUCAAGUGUUGAUUACAACGGUGAAGAUUUCAAGGCUAUUGUUUUUGAGUUCAUGUCUAAUGGGAGUCUAGAAAAGUUGUUGCAUGAUAAUGAAGGGUCCGAAAAUCAUAAUCUCAGCCUCACACAAAGGGUAGACAUUGCUCUUGAUGUAGCUCAUGCAUUGGAUUAUCUUCACCAUGAUGAAGACCAAGUCGUAGUUCAUUGUGAUAUUAAGCCAAGCAAUGUUCUUCUUGAUGAAGAUAUUGUUGGCCAUUUGGGAGACUUUGGUUUAGCUAGGCUCAUUCAUGGAGCCGCCGAACAUUCAAGUAAAGAUCAAGUUAGUUCCUCAACAGUUAAAGGAACUAUAGGAUAUCUUCCUCCUGAGUACGGAGCAGGUGGUCCAAUAUCAUCGCAGGGAGAUAUCUACAGUUAUGGAAUUCUUGUAUUAGAAAUGCUCACUGGAAAGAGACCCACAAAUAACAUGUUUUGUGAGAAUAUAAGCCUACACCAAUUCUGUAAGGUGAAGAUUCCAGAAGGAAUUCUUGAGAUAGUGGAUCAACGUUUGCUUGAGCCAUUUGCUGAAGAUCAGACAGGGAUUGUGGAAAACAAGGUUAGGAAGUGUUUGGUGAUGUUUGCUCAAAUAGGAGUUGCUUGUUCUGAAGAAUUUCCUAACCAGCGAAUGUUGAUAAAAGAUGUUAUAGUUAGGUUGAAUGAAAUCAAAUCAAGGUUGCCAUGAUAUAAACACCAUUGCUACUGUGAUAAUAAUACAAUUGUGUUCAUAAAAAAUCUUGAAUAGUCUUGUAUCCGUCAAAUGUUUUUUCUUGUGUUAGUUUGAAUUACAAUUUCUAUGUAUUAGGGUAAUAAUUUGUGUUUGUAAUAAUAUUGUAUGGAAAUAUUGUUGGUUAUAUGCGUUUUUUGU